AUGUCUAGCGAUUUCGCUAUCUAUAUUCGAGACAAACUUUUUGACAGCAAAACAUCUGUCGACCAUAAAAUCUUACAUAGUGUAAACAAGAAAGGUGAAUUUGUUCUAAAGUUCUGUUUCUGGGAAUAUGACAAGAACCAUAAAACAUUAAGCAGAGAAGUCUUUAAGUUUGUCAAUGACAGACUUGUUGACAGAGAUGACGCCGAUUGGAAAGAUGAAGUCCAACAAAAGUUCUUAGAAUGCAAAGAAGACACAUGCGCUGUUCUUGAAGAUGAAAUAGAAAACAGAAUAGAUGAGCUAUUAAAGGACAAAGAACUUUUACAUAAAUAUG